AAAAGUCUUCCAAACUUUGUACGACAUGUUCUAGCUAAUUUAAUUGCCUUAAUGAUCAAGUAAGACUCAUGAGGGAGGAGAGGAGGACCUGAAGUGCGAGGGAAGGAAAGGAACAAGGAUAAUGGGCAACUCCGUCAGCUCUUCCGGCGGUAAGGCGAUCGCUGUCGCCGGCGCUGCUGUUUUGGCCUGGGGUGCUUCGCACUUACUGAACUCCCUCUCCAACGACGAGGCCUUGCGUUUCGAAUCCACUAACAAGAGCUCUGCUUCACCUUCUUCCACGCCCGAUGCACCGGCGGCUUCUGGGAGGAACAAGUUGGCAGAGGAAGACUCGGUAACUCUGCGAUCAGGUAAGACAGGUCUGGAAAACAGAGAUGCGUAUGCGAGCUGCAGUGAAGCUUCUUCCACUCCCACUGCACCGGCGGCGGCGGCAGCUUCUGGGAGGAACAAGAUUGCAGAGGAAACGUCGGUGACUCUGAGAUCAGGCAAGACACAUGCGAGCGGCAGUGAAGAAUUUCCAAGAUGGAUCAGUGGUACUCAGAUGCCACGAGUCAUCACGAUAGUAACAUACAACAUCUGGCAAGACGAUGUGAAACUGAAGGAGAGGAUGAAAGCUAUUGGGGUACUCAUGCAAGUGAAAAUGCCAGACAUAAUUCUAUUUCAAGAGGUAACACCUAAAAUUCACAAACUUUUUAAAGGGUUCAAAUGGUGGCAACGAUACACAUGUGUGUCUCACAAAACAGCAACGACGAGACAUUACUGUAUGCUGUUAAGCAAGUUUCCAGUGAAGGAUCUGGGUUGGGUGCACUUUAAGGAUUCCAUCGAGAAGAAGAAGUUGAUUGUGGUUGAAAUAGAAGCGUCGGGGAAGAGAAGGAGGUUGGUGGUGGCCAAUGGUCACCUAAAGAAACCUGAUCUACCCGACAGGUCGCACACGAUGAAGCGCACGGCUCAAGCAAAUGAGGCCAUGACCAUCCUCGGAGAGUAUGAGAAUGUCAUCUUCGGAGGCGACAUGAACUGGAGUGAGGAGGUGGAUGGGAGCUUCCCGUUGCCGGAUGGGUGGGUGGAUGCUUGGGAGCAUUUGAGACCCCGCGAGAAGGGGUGGACUUACGACACCAAGUCGAACCUGAUGAUCCAAGGAAGGAGAUGGUUGCGGAGGAGACUGGAUAGGUUUUUGUGCAAACUGAAGGACUAUGAAUUGGCGUCUAUCGAUAUAAUUGGCAAGGAUAUCAUACCAGGACUGGUGCACCAAUACAGGGAGAAAGACUACCCUGUCUUGUGCAGUGAUCACUUCGGAUUGCUGCUAGGAAUAUCUAUUUGAUAGAUUCGCAAAGCUUGUAAAACUUGGCACUUGUGAAAUUUAGAUGCUGCUUAGCUUGAUUAUCAGUGUCGAUAGAAAAUGUAAAGUUUUCAGAAUCAGAAAAGGUUAACAGUUAGUCUCUUUGACUAUUUCUGGA